AAACACGGCCCCCCCACAGAUGCAACAUAAGAUCCCGUGUGCAAGGAUCCUUUGUCCAGCGAUCCUGUCCUCGGUGUUGUGAGGCGAGGGGCCUCUGCUGGGACCUGUCGACUGAGGCCGUAGUCGCGACUUCUGAUUUGGAUUUUCCUCCCCCCAGCGAUUCAGGGAUCCUGUUCAGAAAGAUUCUUUAUCCGAUGCCCCCCCCACUGUCAUUCUUGAGAGCAUGGAGGCCAAGGAUGUUCUCAUUCUCGGCGCUGUGGCUGCAGCCGUUGUGGCCAUGCUGCCUCUGGGAGCGCUGAGCACGCCAGUCGCGGCAGUCCUCCUGUUGCUCCUGAUCUUGGUAGGCCCGAUGCUUCUGGCAGGGGUGAAGCAGACGGUCACGUUCUUGUUGUCGAUGUCUGAGUCAAAGAAGCAGACGUCUGGCCGGAUCGACGGCUACACCAAGCAGUUCGGUGAUGAUAAAUCGACCGGGGAGCGCAACGAGGACUACGCCUCGCUCGUGAACGACUACUACGACCUCGCCACCGAGUUUUACGAGUGGGGCUGGGGCACCAGCUUCCACUUCGCCGACCGCCGCAAGGGCGAGUCCUUCCAGCAGUCCAUUCUUCGUCACGAAUACUACCUGGCUGGUCGCCUUGGCGUCAACAAGGGUUCCCUUCUGCUUGACUGUGGUUGCGGCGUUGGGGGCCCAGCGCGUAACAUAGCGAAAUUUACGGAAGCCAACAUCAAGGCAAUUACCAUCAAUCAGUUCCAGGUUGACCGCGGCAACUCCUUGUGUAAGCGCGAGGGCCUCGACGACAAGGUUCAGUUAAUCCAGGGCGAUUUCAUGAAAUUGCCAUUUCCUGACAACCACUUCGAUGGUGUGUACGCCAUCGAGUCCACCUGCCACGCGCCGGAUCGCCUGGGGGUGUACGGCGAGAUCAUGCGCGUGCUGAAGCCUGGCGGCAUCUUCGCGUGCUACGAGUGGUGCGUCACUGACGCGUGGGACGAGAAGGAUGCGCAUCACCAGAAGAUCAAGCUCGACAUCAUGCUCGGCGAUGGCCUGCCGGACCUGGUGCAUACCUCGGUCUGCACGGCGGCGCUAGCGAAGGCCGGCUUCGAGGUGCUCGAGGCGCGGGACAUGGCGGGCGGCGCCGGCGAGGGCGGCGAGCCCUGGCACAUGCCGCUGAUGCCCUCCUGGAAUCCGACGAAGUGGCCCCGGUUCCAGUUCAACCCCAUCAUGUACCGCCUGAUGCCCAUCAUCCUCCGCUUCUUCGAGAAGGUGCGCCUGGUGCCCGCUGGCACGGUGGACACCCAGGUGAUGCUGCAGGCGGGCGGCGUCGGAUGCGCACAAGGUGGCCACACGGGCUGCUUUACGCCCAUGUGGUUGAUGGUCGCCCGGAAGCCGAAGUGA